GAAGAAAGAGAAACAGAAGGGGGGAAAUAAAGAGGACGAAAGUGAAAAUGUAAGGAAAAAUUCAUUUUUUAUUUUCAAUAAGAAAAAUCUAGAAGGUAUAGCCAAAAAUUAAUCGCCAUUCGAGGGUGGCAUUGUAAACGUGAAUUUCAACGGUGGGCUGAGGUGUGGUCGUCGCCUGCUCGGACCGUGUGAAGCCGAAGAUCCUCUAAUUCUCGCCAUUUUUUUUUUCCAUCUUCAUAUUGCAAGAACCUCAAUUCCGAUACCCAAUUUCGCUUCACAACGAAGAUCGGCUGAAUUUAGGAGCUGCAGUUUUUAAUUUCCAACGAAUCUGAUUAAGUUUGCCGUUGUGAGACUACUUGGAGGAUAAGGCAAGGAUUGACUAGACCGAAAGGUUUUUGGCAUUUCUUUGGUAUCUGGGAUUUGGAUCAGGGGUCGGAUUGAUUUAGAUUGGAUCGAGUCUGUAGCGGUUGUUCUUUGUAAGGGAUUUGGUAGUCUUAAUUGGUCAAAUAUGGAUUCGAGUCGGAGAGCUGUAGAGUCGUACUGGAGGUCGCGAAUGAUUGAUGCGGCGACUUCUGAUGAGGACAAGGUCACGCCGGUGUACAAAUUGGAAGAAAUUUGCGAGGUUUUGAGAUCUUCGCAUGUCAGUAUUGUCAAGGAGUUUUCGGAAUUUAUUUUGAAGAGGCUUGAACAUAAGAGCCCGAUUGUCAAACAGAAGGCUCUUAGGUUGAUAAAGUAUGCAGUUGGGAAGUCUGGUGUGGAAUUCAGAAGGGAAAUGCAGAGGAACUCUGUGGCUGUCCGCCAGUUAUUUCAUUACAAGGGACAACCGGACCCCCUUAAAGGUGAUGCACUCAAUAAAGCUGUGAGGGAUACUGCUCAUGAUGCUAUUUCUUCUAUCUUUGCUGAAGAGGAUAACAAGCCUGCACCAUCUGAGAAUCUUAACCGUCGAAUUCAAGGUUUUGGGAAUUCAAAUUAUGAACCGCCAUCAGAAGAUAAAAAAUCAUUUCUUAGCGAGGUAGUUGGUCUAGGAAGUGCAUCAAUCAAACAAGGUCUAAGUAAUUUGGCACAAGGUCAUUCAUCAAGAAAGAAUGGCACUAGUAGCCAGCAGGGUUUCAACCUUCAGAGGUCAUUGACUACUGAAAUAGAGUAUGAUAAUAGAUAUGAACCAGUUGAAUAUGGCCGUGAAACUCUGGGGACAUCAAAGAGUACUACUAGUGGAACUUGGAACCAGGAUUCUAGGGUAAUUAAUGGAAACCCAGGUUCUGGCACUUCAGAGAGCAAAACUCGAGAGGAGAGGUUACUGGAUUCCAUUGCAACAGCAGGUGGUGUGCGUUUACAACCAACUCGAGAUGCCAUUCAAGCAUUUCUUGUCGAAGCUGUAAAGUUAGAUGCAUUGGCACUGAGUAAUGCUCUCGAAACAAAGCUUACAUCCCCAUCAUGGCAGGUUCGUUUCAAAGCUCUCUGCAUCCUUGAGUCGAUGGUUAGGAGAAAUGACGACGAUCAUUUUUCAAUUGUGACAUCUUAUUUCAGUGAAAAUCCAGAUGCAGUGAUUGGAUGUUCUGAAUCUCCCCAAGCAUCUCUUAGAGAAAAAGCUAGCAAGGUUAUGCCACUUUUAGAUGGAGGUAAAGGAGUUCCCUUCAUGAAUGAGUCCGAGAAGUCUGUACCAAGCAAUACCAGUUCCACAGUUCAGAUGCCAGACUUAAUUGACACUAGUGAUGCAGGUGACUAUGGUGAAACAAACAAAUCCUUAGAGGUGGAAAACCUGUCGAGUACCCCAUUAGUUGAUGACUUAUUUGGAGAUGGCCUAAACACUGUCACAAGCACCAGCGAACUAAAGAAUGAUGAUGACCCCUUUUCAGAUGUCUCAUUUCAUACAACUGAAACUAGAGAAAAUUCAGAUGAUCUGUUUUCUGGGAUGAAUUUUGAUAAUAAUCAGGUUACUAAUGAAAAUAAAAAGCCUGCCUCGGAGCAAAAAAAUGAAACUGGAGUUUUUGAUAUUUUUGGAUCAAGUUCUGAACCUGCAGUACAAGAACAUGCUAGGAAAGAUGUUAAUGACCUAAUAAGUGGUUUGUCCAUCCAUGAAGAUACCUUGAAGAGUAAAGAUAAAGGAAAUUCUAAGGAUUCGCUGUCUGAAUCUUUAUUCUCGGUUUCUAGUCAACCCAACCAUCAGAAUCAGGUUCCUCAAGAUUCUUUAAAUGGCAUGUACAGUUCACCAAUGGUUGGGACAAAUAUGAAUGCCACCUUUUUCCCCGGAAUGACUUAUCUUCCCUCAAGCACGAUGUUCAAUCCAGCCUUUUCUUCUCAGCCAAUGGCGUAUGCUCCCACUGGAAACUUCUUUACUCAACAACAAUUAUUAUCAGCCAUGUCCAAUUACCAACAGUUUGGGAACCCUAAUCUCCAAUCAAGCGCUGGUGGUGGUGUAGGUAAUGGAGGAUAUUCUUCACCCCUUCCAGACAUAUUCCAGCCAAAUCUUGCAGCACAAUCACCUACUUCUGUGAUGAAUGGUUCAAAGAAGGAAGAUACCAGGGCUUUUGAUUUUAUCUCAGAACAUGUUGCAGCUGCUCGAGAUCCAAAGAGGGUAGUCUGAAUUUAGGAGGCCAUACUUUCACUAUCAAGGUUCUUACUAGUCAUUGUUGGCAACUUAGUUGAAGGUGAAGAACAAAAACCACAGUUGUUUCUCAUUUGAGACGAAUGGCUAUCGCAAUGCCGACAUCAUCGAGGAAUUGCAUCAAAAUGCGCAUAUGAUAGAUGGGUAAGUCGUCAAGCAGUAGGAAAAAUGAGAAAAUGGAAACAGGGUCCAUUAAGUUGAAGAAGAAUGACUUUCUUUUACAUAAUCAGCUCUAUAUUUGUGGUAAUUCCUGGACUGGUUGUGUUUCUUGCUCAUAUUCCCAUCUGUAGAGUUUCAUUAUGCCAAAAGAAAAAGAAAAAAGAUGUAGAGUCCCCUAAUUUGUUUGUUUUGCCCACAUGAAACACUUGAUAUUUGUAGUGGUUUUGGUAAUAAUGCAGUUUGUUCUUUGAAUCU